CUCCUCUUGCUGCUCGUUCGAUCACCCCCCCAGGCAAUUGAGCCGAUGAUGACUGUUGCUGGGACUGUCACAUGGAAGAGUUGACUACAUCUAGCUUUGUUUACCCCAUGCUCUACCGAAUCCCCAGGAAGCCCGUGCCGUGAACCUGUGUUCCUUCUGCUUUGUUUGAUACGGUGAUACCCAAGCUCCUUUUGAGUUUCGUUCCUCCAUCCCAGUCCGUUUUUCUUUCUUCUGAUACCCCUUCAAUUCUUGAGCUCUCUAUUCUCUUAUUGAGCACCCGCCCCGUGGAAGAGAGAGUGAGUCAAAGCGACACCCACUAUGGCGGAUGCGGAACCAUCGUACAUAGAUUAUGAGGCCUUUCUAGACCCGGACUUUUCACCCGCCUCGUUCGCCAACUCCCUUGUUGUAGCCACCAACAAUGCGACAGACACACCGCUGGAUCUGUCUACCCCGCUUUCGCGGGUCCUCUUCGAUCUCCAAGAGAUCGACACCCACAUCCAUGCGCUGACCACCAAAUCAGCCCUCCCCUUGCUGACGCACACGCGCGACCAGACCGAUGCAGCCAGUCACAUCCUCAAGGAGGCCGAGGACCAGAUCGCCUCUGUGACGCAGGGGUAUGAGCGCCUCGAAAAGGAGGUCUUCAGCAAGUGGGAGGCCGCAGACGAGGCUCGGUUGGCGGCCGAGAAAUCCCUGGCCACUGUGCGACUCGCACGAGCCGUGGCGCGCUGCCUGUCUCUCGGCAGACAGCUGGAAAGCCAGCUGGCAGAGAUCGGUGGCAUCGAAGGGACGACGUCACCCGUCACCGGUCGGGAUGAUUACCGCACGCUGGAGCGCGCCGCCUCCGCCAUUGUCAGUUUACGGCGUAUGCUCUCCGAGACCGGCCAGGGCGAGGAAGGCUACGGGCUUGACCGAGUCAAGGUCGUCCGGACACUGCGAGCGGAGCUCGUCCUGCCGGCCGAGAACAUGGUCAAGGCACGGGCACAGCAGGCCAUUACGCGAUUCUCCAUGUCGAACAUCUCCGGCGGCGCGAGCUCCCAGACACAGUCGGGCUACAGGCAAGCGCGCGAUGCCAGGGCCCGUCUGGUGUCCGCCGUCAACAUCCUGUAUCUACUGUCGCCGGUGCCCAAGACGUUGAACUCCGCGGCGGACUUCGUCCCCGAGCUUCUCCUUUCUACGCUGCAGGGGUACAUGCACACGGCCAUCUCCACCUCCCUGAGCAACCUCACGCGGUCACUGUCGAUGCUACCGACCCUCGAGCGGACGCUUGCCGACCUGUCCGCGCGAUGCCAGGAUAUCUUCGCUCUGGAGGCCGUGCUCAACCAUCUUCGCCCACCGCCACAUCCACUCUUCCCUUCUGCCCAGCCGGUGGCUACCCCCACCAACCGCGACGGAGUUCAGAGUGAAUCACAGCCCCAGUCCGGCAGCAGCAGAAACAACCUGCUCCAGCCGCUGCUCACUUCUCUCGACACAUCCUCCCUCCCCUCAUAUUUCUGGCGAUCCCUGGCGUCGUACCUCACGGCUCGGGUACAGGAGAUCGUCAACCGUGGGGGCGUGUCGGCGCGGACCUUGCGCUCCAAUCGCGAUCGCAUCAAGAAGGAAGUCAAGGAAUGUGUUCUGCGGGGCUCCCAGCUGCCCACUUCUGUGUUGGGGACCGAAAAGCGACUGGGUGGCGAGCCGGCGACGGGGAGGAAUUGGGAACGGGAGGCAGCGGUCAUGGUCAGUUCGAUUGCCAGUGUGUUGGAUAAAUGAAGCAAGACAGACGGUGUAGGACGAAGGCCUUUUUUUCUCUGUUGUCCAUACAAUAUAAUAGAAACCGGUGGACAAUAGCCUCUUAAGGAAAUUGGUAACCCCCGGGAAAAAACGAUAUGUACAUCUGAAACUACCGUAUUGUACAACCAUUGCAUCCCAGGAAUGAAGCAUGCCCGCUGUACCGAUUUUAUGGUGUACACACCACCACAUCAAGCAAGAAAACGAAGAGCAAGCAAACGCACAAAGCAUGUGAAAAUACGCAGGGAUCAUGUCCAGCUCAGGUACAGCGCAUCGAACAUCAGCUGACGGCUUCUUCAUUUGAAGUAUGCGUGUCCUCUCUCUCUCUCUCGGGUCCAGGUAAUCUUUUGGACAAACUCCAGUUUGAAAUGAAAUUUCCAGAAGGAGUUCUGUCGCGGCUAGCAUCGGAAGGCGUAAGCGUAAGUGUAAGUAGAAGCAUAAGC